AUGAGCAUCAUAAUUGAUCUUGGUGGGAAUUCCACAUCAACACAUAUAAUUGGAUUAAUGGUGCAUUUAAUUGCAAAUAUGGAUGAUGGACUAUGUCCUCAUUCUACUACUCUUAAGACAGAUAUUUGGCAAUUAGAUCGACACAGUGUCGACAGUAUUAUUCUCGGCAAAUUGGAAUGCAGUAAAUAUGUUAAUGCCUAUGAUUUACCAGCAUAUUUAUCAAACCAUGUCAUUCCUGCUAACGUUCAUAAACUGGUAAUCAGUCGACAAACAGAUACUCAUUCAAAGCAGCAUUUAUUGUCAUUAUUGGCGGCUGGUGUUUAUGGACAAAUGGUAAUGCGAAACGGAGAACGAUGGAGUUCAUCAGUUAACUGUCAACAAUUUUCUCAUCAUUUCGUCGUUGAUGCUCUUGGCCUUGAAUGGCCAACCAACCUUGACAUCGCAGGAGACGUGUUACCUGUAUCCAUUGACAUAGGAAUUCUUUAA